AUGGCCGUAGCUCCUCCAGCAGGCCAAGGAGCAGUGGUAGUUGACGGGACGUUGAUCUGUCGACAAAAUAGCCGAAAACUAGAUUCGCCACUGCAAGCUGCUCCACAAACACAUGAGAAUAUUGAUUUACGUUUUUACACAUCCUCAUCAUUGACCCCUGCCCUGGCUGUGAAAGCAAGGGGAGCACUGGCACAACAACAGAUUAGAGAAAGAUGUCCUUUUUUCAAUUACUCUGGGGUGCAUUCAAGCUCUUUAUUUUCUGAUGAAGCCCCCUUCUAUGUUAGUCCAAAGACGAUCUUCCUGUGGCUUGCGGGUUUCCGAUCCCCUGAUGCUGGCCUAAUUUGGCAUUUGAAAGAUAUCGCGUGCGUAAUUCCACUUGGUUUUCUUGUAUUAUUUGCGAAUCAAUUCAUCGGAGGAAUAUGCGUUGUCGAGGUGGAUGCGCAUUAUGAUAUUGGCAGCGACGAGGAGGACUUUGUGCUCCCGAGCAGCAAGGAUUUGGGUACACUCGACGCGGGCGGAAUCUUGGACCUGGACCUGGAAAGCGAUGGAGAAGGAGACGAGGCUUUUAUUGCCGCAAAGCAAGCUGCUUCGAAUAGAAAAUCUUCAAAUGUCAAGGGCAACAGCGUAAAGAAGGGUGGUGGCUUCCAAGCAAUGGGAUUGAAUUCCCAUCUGCUCAAAGCUAUCAGCAGAAAGGGAUUCUCUGUACCUACACCAAUUCAACGAAAAACCAUUCCCCUCGUCCUCGACCACAAAGAUGUUGUGGGUAUGGCUAGAACUGGUUCCGGAAAGACCGCCGCUUUCGUGAUCCCAAUGAUUGAAAGAUUGAAGUCGCAUAGUGUCAAAGUAGGAGCUAGGGCUAUCAUCAUGUCGCCAUCUCGAGAAUUGGCGCUACAGACACUGAAGGUUGUCAAGGAAUUCAGCAGAGGCACUGAUCUUAAAUGCGUCUUGUUGGUCGGUGGAGACAGUUUGGAGGAGCAGUUCGGAUUUAUGGCUGGGAACCCAGAUAUCGUCAUUGCCACACCAGGUCGAUUUCUGCAUUUGCAGGUUGAGAUGUCCUUGGAUUUAUCAUCUGUCAAAUAUGUGGUAUUUGAUGAAGCCGACCGACUCUUCGAAAUGGGUUUCGCUGCCCAGCUCACCGAAAUCCUCCACGCCUUACCGACAUCUAGACAGACACUUCUGUUCUCCGCCACACUACCGAAGUCAUUAGUGGAAUUUGCAAGGGCUGGUCUGCAGGAACCCACACUCGUUCGUCUUGACGCCGAAAGCAAGGUCUCCCCGGAUCUUCAGAGCGCAUUUUUCAGUAUCAAGAGUGCGGAGAAGGAAGGUGCAUUGCUUCAUAUCUUAAAUGAUUUGAUAAAGAUGCCUACUGGACUACCCGAUGCCGCCAUAAAGGCAGCUGAAGAUCUGAACAAUAAGAAGCGGAAGCGCGACGGACCCAACCCAAGACAAAAGCCUACAGAGCACUCAACGAUUAUUUUUGCCGCUACCAAGCAUCAUGUCGACUAUAUCACUUCACUUCUACGUCUCUCUGGAUUUGCCGUUUCUCACGCAUAUGGAUCUCUGGACCAGACGGCACGAAACCAGCAAGUUGAAGAUUUCAGGACAGGAAGGAGUAAUAUCUUGGUUGUGACGGAUGUCGCUGCCAGAGGUAUAGAUAUCCCGGUUUUGGCCAAUGUCAUCAAUUAUGACUUCCCGCCUCAGCCAAAGAUAUUUGUUCAUCGUGUUGGUCGUACAGCAAGAGCAGGUAAGCGAGGUUGGUCUUAUAGUCUUGUCAGAGAUACGGAUGCGCCGUACCUACUCGAUUUACAAUUGUUCCUCGGAAAGCGGCUGCUGUUAGGUCGAGACAGUGGAGACACGCCAAAUUACGCGGAAGACGUGAUUGUUGGAGCCCUUUUCCGAGAUAAGCUUGAAGCCACCUCGGAAUGGAUCACCAAACUGCUUGGAGACGACGAUGAUCUCAGUGCUCUGCGGGGUGUGGCUGUGAAGGGAGAGAAGCAGUACAUCAGGACGAGGAAUUCGGCAUCGAGCGAAAGUGCGAACAGAGCAAAGGAAGUAGUGGCAUCGAAGGGAUGGAUGCAAUUGCACCCCCUGUUCAAUAACGAGACAACGUCUACCGAGCAAGCCCGAAUCGAUAUGCUUGCACGUAUCAGUGGUUUCCGACCUGCGGAAACAGUCUUCGAGAUCGGAACCAGAGGGAAAGCAGGACAUGGCGAGGCAGCCGAGAUGAUGCGACAUCGCAGAGAAAAGAUUGUCCCAAGGAGACAAAAAGAAGAGGACGAGAAAGCAGCUGCGAAGGCUGAGGCCGCAGGAGAUACCGAUAUGGAGUGCUCGGCCAAUUUUGAUAUCGCGGUCCAAUUAGACGAAGACAACGACGACGAUGAUAUGGAAGUAACAGUAACUGGUGGCGGCAAGGAUAACAUGUCCGAUGCCUCUGAAGCCGACCUUGAAAUGACUUUCUCAAAAGCCUCUCAGAAAGGUAAAGGCCGCACGCUAUCCUACAAAGACGCCGAGAAUUUCAUGUCAUACACGCCCAAGAAUCUCAACGUAGCCGAAGAGCGUGGCUACGGUGUACACUCCGGCUCCUACAACACCGCGUCGCAGAACUCCAACUUUGUCGAAGCAGCACGAGGUUUGACGAUGGACCUCGCGAACGACGACGGUGCCAAGAGUUUUGCCGAGCCGUCUAGAGCAAAGGGCAUGCGUUGGGAUAAAAAGAACAGUAAAUACGUCGCCCGCGCUAACGACGAAGACGGAUCUAAGGGAAAGAAAAUGAUACGUGGUGAGAGCGGGCAGAAAAUCGCAGCCAGUUUCCAGAGCGGACGCUUUGACAGAUGGCGCAAAGCGCAUAAAGUAGACCGCCUACCACGUACGGGAGAAGCGGAGCGGGAGGGUGCGGGUGCUGUGGGCAGAGGCUUUGGGACGAGGUACAAGCACAAGCAGGAGAAAGCGCCGAAGGAGGCGGAUCGCUACCGUGAUGAUUUCCAUGUAAGGAAGAAGAGGGUGGCAGAGGCGAAGGAGAAGAGGAUCGGUGUGUUCAAGGAUGGGGUUGGAAAGAGCGAAAUUAAGAGCUCGGGCGAUAUUCAUAAGGAGAGACAGGUGGCGGAGCGGAAGAGGGCGAAGAAUGCGCGACCUGUGGGGAAGGGGAAGAGGGGCGACAUCCUUUGCACGACCGACAGCCUUGACGCCAACCAAACUGCAGCCCCACCAAUCUACGCCCAAACAGCCUGCCCCCACCCAGUCCACCAGCUGUACUAUCCCGAUCCGCACCUCUAG